AUGGCGUAUCGAUGCCCCGCGGGGGAACAUGUGAAUAACGCUAUGGAAAAAUUCCACGAUAUCGCCAACUUUCCUAGCGUUGUGGGUGUCAUAGACGGCACACAUGUACGGAUUCAGGCUCCAAGUAUGAACGAGCAAGCGUACGUCAACCUGAAAGGUUUCCAUUCAAUUACCUUAGAGGUAGUUUGCGACAGAGAGUCGAACCGAACCCGAAACGUCGCCACACGGUGGCCUGGGAGUGUGCACGACGCGAGGGUGCUGUGCCUGACUAAGCUAGGCGAUGAAUUCGACAGAGGGGUGCAUCGCGGCAUUCUCCUAGGAGAUAAAGGGUACCCUUGUCGCCCGUGGCUGAUGACACCCUUCCUCAGUACGCACUCAUCAGAUGAAGACCGGUACAACAGCGCGCACAAAACUACUAGAGGCACUACACAGAGAACUAUCGGACAACUCAAGCGUAGGUUUCACUGCCUGCAUGGCGAGUUCCGCAUGGCCUCUGACUGUUGCUGCACCAUAAUAGUAGCCUGCUGUGUGUUGCACAAUAUUGCAAAGAGUUUUCCAGGACAUGACCUAGUUGAAGUCAUUCCCGGGGUGGCACAAGAGGAUGCACUUGAUCAUAACCUUGUGGUGCGGUUUCACAUGCUUAUCCAUGUACUCAUGGACAUGGAACGAGAAUGA